AUGACACUCUCUUCUUCUCUCCUCUCUCCCACAACCAAACUUAAUCUUCUUCACUCUUCUUCUUCUUCUUCUUCUGUGAAUGUUUUUGGGACCAGGUUCAUCUUCUCCGGAGCAGGAAUCGUGUCUGUGAAUUCGAGGACCGGUUCGGACCGGUUCGUUGUGCUGUUCUCGACCCACUCGAACCCCAAGAUUCUCAAGUCGAACCGGCGGUCGAGGUACGGCCAGGCUCUCUCGCCGUACGACUCCGACGAAGAUGAAGAAGAAAAAGAUGAGUUUGGCGGUUUGUCGGAGGAUGAUUGGUUUACUGAUGAUGAGUUUGCAGAGAUUUCCGAUUUUGAUGCUAAAAGAAAGAGGUCCAAGUUAAAUAGGGGAUUUGGUGGAAGUAGCCGAAAACAACCGGAGAAAGGCCAGAGUAGUGCCUCAUCAAGCUUUUCCAUUGACAAAGAUUUUGGUAGCAGAAAUGUCAAGCUCACUCUAGAAAAAAGUAAUGUCGGAAGUUAUUAUCGCAACAGAAAAGAAGCCGUAGAUUUACGCAAAGGAAAGUUAAAUAUGAGGAAAAUUAUUGAGAAUAAAUAUCCUCGGCUAGCAGAAGAGAUAGAAAUAGAUGAGAAAUGGUUACCACUUAUUGAUUACUUAAGCACAUUUGGGCUUAAGGAAUCACACUUUAUUCAGAUGUAUGAGAGGCAUAUGCCUUCCCUUCAAAUAAACGCGUGUUCUGCGCAAGAAAGGUUGGAGUACUUGCUGAGCGUUGGUGUUAAACAAAGGGACGUAAAAAGAAUACUUUUGAGGCAGCCACAAAUUCUAGAGUACACCGUGGAGAACAACUUGAAGUCCCAUGUUGCUUUUCUGAUCAGUUUGGGAAUCCCGAAUUCCCGUAUUGGACAGAUAGUUGCUGCUGCUCCAUCGCUCUUUUCUUACAGCGUCGAAAAUUCGCUGAAACCGACUGUGAGAUACUUGGUUGAGGAGGUGGGCAUCAAAGAAAAGGAUUUAGGAAAAGUUGUGCAGCUAAGCCCUCAGAUCCUGGUUCAACGCAUCGACAUCACCUGGAAUACUCGUUACAUUUUCCUUUCUAAGGAAAUAGGUGCACCAAGAGAUAGUAUAGUGAAGAUGGUUACUAAACACCCUCAGCUCCUCCAUUACAGCAUUGAUGACGGAUUACUUCCAAGAAUCAAUUUCCUUAGGAGUAUAGGAAUGAGGAAUGCUGACAUCUUGAAAGUCUUAACUAGCCUUACACAGGUGCUAUCUUUAUCCUUGGAGGAUAACUUAAAGCCGAAGUACUUGUACUUGAUCAAUGAACUGAACAACGAAGUGAAGUCAUUGACCAAAUAUCCUAUGUAUCUAAGCUUGUCUUUAGACCAGAGAAUUCGCCCUCGACAUAGGUUUUUGGUUUCGCUAAAGAAAGCCCCCAAGGGACCAUUUCCUCUGAGCUCGUUCGUUCCGACUGAUGAGUGCUUCUGUCAACAGUGGGCUGGAACUAGCUUAGACAAAUAUCUCGCCUUUCGGCAGAGAUUAUUGCUCAAAGAGUUUGCGAAUAAAUAUGAAAGAAAAGUCUAACAUGUUGCUCGCAAGUUUGAUCUGAUUUACUGACAGAGUUUGUCAAAGAUGUUCAUGAGGUUUUGAGAAGAAACUCGGAUAGUACGGUUUUUGAAACCUCCGUUGACAACAUUAUCGGGUUGCUGACAUUUUUGACGGUUUCAUCAUGAGAGCUAUAAUACCUGCAGAAGCUGCCUCAGUUUCCAUGUCGUGAAAAGUUUCCAGUCCAAUAGUCUAUGCAGAAACCUGUACAGUUCUGUGCACGUAGAUGUGGACUGAUUCACUGAAUUGAGAAGUUAUGAAUGGCGGCGACUUAAAAGGCCAACAGAAAAAAAGGUUUUUCGAAUCAGUCUUCAUCAAGUUGCCAACUUGAAGGAGAAAGUUGCACUAACUGCAAAUUUAGUGGUCAUGGAUGUUUUACCAACUGCAAAAGUCUUGUAAUUCAAAUUUGGCAAAAAUAUAUAUAAUUUUUCUCUGCUGAGACAAUUAGAUAUAAUUUUGUUUUACUUGUUCAUGUUCCAAAUACCCUAAAGGGCUAUAUAGAUGCUUAAUCUUUUUCCUUUUUAAUUUCUUGUAACAGACAUUGUCAAAUGUAUAAUUUUUCCCGUACGUUUUAUUUCGAUACACGUUUGGUUCAUAGAUUAGAAUCA